CGACAUCUUCUGCGUGGAUGCUACAGUUCCUUUCGUCAACUCUACUUAAACCUUGUUUGUAAAAUACCAACCUAGCUCUACAGUUUUCAUCUACACUUUCUGAAAGCUUGACGUGUCAGGAUGAAAAUGACGCCACCUGGACUGACUUUAACGUCCAGAAUCACUCUUCAGCAUUCCGAUAGCCGGAUGCCCGUACUCGGCUUUGGAGUCUACCAGAUCGACCGAGCUGACUGUACAGCGGCAUGCCUCAGCGCCAUAUCAGCCGGUUAUCGCCAUAUCGACACCGCGCAGCUCUACCAAAAUGAAAGCGAGGUGGGUGUUGCGCUGCAGCGGUGCGGUCUGCCGCGUGAGGAGAUCUUUGUUACGACUAAGAUUCGAUAUCCCCGCCUCGGCAAGGGGAAGACCUAUCUUCGCGCCCUGCAGAGCAUCCAGAAGAUCGACCCACGCCAAGACGGAUACGUGGACCUGUUCCUUAUUCAUUCCCCGCACACGCUAAACCCCAAGGAUCGCAAGGAGAUCUGGCUGGCGCUUGAGAAGCUGCACAAGGAUGGCAAAAUUAAGGCUAUUGGUAUGAAGGAGUAUGCGACAAUAUGGCCACCUGCUGUGAAUCAGAUUCUACUGCACCCUUGGACGCAGCAACGCGAAACGGUGGACUACUGCAAUGAGCUCGGCAUAGUUCUUCAGGCGUUCAGUCCGCUAGCUAGAGGAAAUAAGCUUGGGGAGCCGACGGUCGUUGAGAUCGCAGAGAAGCUUGGCAAAACGCCUGCGCAAGUGCUAAUCCGGUACUGCUUGCAGAAGGGCUGGAUACCGCUGCAGUUGGACAAUAUGGGCCCUGUGGGCCAUAGUGAGAAGGAAGAGCGCAUUAAGCAAAAUGCGGAUGUUUUUGAUUUUCGCAUCUCGGAGGACGAUAUGGCAACGCUCGACCGUUUUGACCGUCAACAAGGACCGAGAUUCGAGUAGGACGCGUGCUACGUCUCUUUGAGCCGAUUAAAUAAUCAUAUAGAAGCCAUAUAUGAAUUUAUUACACGCCGGUAAUAGACCUCAGCAUCUCUCGGGCCAAUUAAGGCAGGGAGUACUAAGGAACGGAAAAUGUAGAUUCUGACGGCAUGGAGAGGUGCACAUACUCAUAAUACAGCAAAUGGUAGCCUACCACGCCUGACACUUACGGCUUUGACCACCUGGAAGGAGUGAAGAAGCCAUAUGAGUCACCAGUGGAUUCCUUAGGGUAUGCUACCGGCCAGACUAAAUAUGAAUAUGGCACGCUUGCUCGAAAUGGGUGGCGAGUUCCAGC